UACGCGCCUUGAAACAAAUUCAAAUUGUGAGAAAAAGGGGAACGAAGAAGUUUGGCAUCUCGACCCAAAAUGUCUUCCCGAAACCCAGCGGAGGAAGAAAAGCAUUGGUCCCUCCAGGACUUCGAGAUCGGAAAACCUCUCGGUAGGGGCAAAUUCGGCAGAGUUUACGUCGCCAGAGAACUCAAGAGCAAAUUUGUUGUGGCGUUGAAGGUUAUCUUUAAGGAACAAAUUGACAAGUACAGAAUUCAUCAUCAACUGAGGAGAGAGAUGGAGAUACAGACCGGUCUUCGGCACCCUAACAUUCUGCGUCUUUAUGGUUGGUUUCAUGAUGCUGACCGUGUUUUCUUGAUUCUCGAGUAUGCUCACAAUGGAGAGCUUUACAAAGAGCUCAGAAAAAAAGGUCAUUUCACUGAGAAGCAAGCUGCCACGUAUAUUUUGAGCCUCACAAGGGCGUUGGCUUAUUGUCACGAGAAGAAUGUCAUUCAUAGGGAUAUCAAACCCGAAAAUUUGUUACUUGACCACGAGGGUCGUCUUAAAAUUGCAGACUUUGGUUGGUCUGUUCAGUCCAAAAGUAAAAGACAUACCAUGUGUGGAACAUUGGAUUAUUUAGCACCGGAAAUGGUUGAAAACAAAGCUCAUGACUAUGCAGUUGAUAAUUGGACUCUGGGUAUUCUUUGUUACGAGUUCCUCUAUGGUGCUCCUCCAUUUGAGGCUGAGAGUCAAGCUGAUACCUUCAAAAGGAUAAUGAAGGUUGACCUAAGCUUCCCUGCCACCCCUUCUGUUUCUUUGGAUGCUAGACAUCUGAUUAGUCGGCUCCUGGUGAAAGACUCUUCACGAAGGCUCUCACUUCAGAAGAUAAUGGAGCAUCCUUGGAUAAUUAAUAAUGCAGAUUUUAUGGGUAUCUGCAAGCAGUAGUAUACUAGUAUCAACUUAAUGACUCAUUUAACUUGGGCCACAAGGGAUUAAGACUGAAUUUUGUAUCUAAUGUUGUAAAAAUGCAAGCAAAUGCAAGUGUUUUGCAGUGUUCAAGACUAUCAACUUGAAUGAUACAUUAUCUUCACUGUGAGGUUAGGAACAUCAGGGUUGUAAAUCUGCCUAUAUGUAAUAGUUGUAUUGUAGGUGAAAUUUCUUCUAGUUCUUUGUGCAUCUAAAUCAGGCAUGGCUAAUGACUUGCACAGAUUUAUUUUGAUACGCUUCUGACUUUUAAGAGUAGUGAAUAUGACAGCUGAGAUUUAAUAAUUCCUCUUUG